AAUUCUCUUUCCGCCUCUCUCUCUCUCUUUCUGCCAAAGUGGUAGAGACACGCGAGACACGCUCUUUUCUUUUCGCACUUUCCGCUCUCCCCUCCCUCUGUUUCCAAUGGCGGGAGAUGAUCUCAGCUCUCCUCUUCUCGCGUCCGAACGUCUCCUAGACUCUUCUCCCGAAGUCGAAGUGAUCCUGGACAUCGACGCUGAUAGCACCGACCGCUGUGACAAACCUUCCAUUCAGCGGUGCUCCGAUCAUCACGGCAAUCACCAAGGAGCACAAGCACUUCUAGAGCCCCCUGAUGAUCAGAAUCCAUUUCAUUUCAUUGGUGCUGGUAUCUUUUCCGUCCCCCCGCAGACGACCAUCGAUCCGUUUCGGAACCACACGCCCGAUAUCCAAGGUCUCUACGAAUGGCUGAAGAUUCUGGUCUGUAUUCCCCUUGCGAUUGCUCGGCUUGUCUUGUUCGUUCUCUCCCUUGCGGUCGGCUACGUCGCCACCCGAUUCGCUUUACAGGGUUGGAAGGAUAAGCAGAAUCCGAUGCCGAAAUGGAGGUGUAGGUUCAUGUGGAUCACUCGCCUCUGUUCUCGUUCCAUUCUCUUUUCUUUUGGCUAUCAUUGGAUAAAGCGCAUAGGAAAACCAGCUCCAAGGGAGAUUGCUCCAAUUGUUGUAUCUAAUCAUGUAACAUACAUUGAACCAAUUUUCUUUUUCUAUGAACUUUUUCCAACCAUUGUUGCUUCUGAGUCCCAUGAUGCCAUACCCUUUGUUGGAACAAUUAUCAGAGCAAUGCAGGUUAUUUAUGUUAAUAGGUUCUCAGCACCUUCAAGGAAGCAUGCCAUUAACGAAAUAAAGAGAAAGGCUUCAUGCGAUAACUUUCCUCGAGUUCUAUUGUUUCCUGAGGGUACCACAACAAAUGGAAGAGUACUCAUAUCAUUCCAACUCGGUGCAUUCAUUCCUGGUUUUCCAAUCCAGCCAGUGGUUGUUCGCUAUCCCCAUGUGCACUUCGACCAAUCUUGGGGACAUAUUUCUUUGGCAAAGCUCAUGUUCAGAAUGUUCACCCAAUUUCACAAUUUCAUGGAGGUAGAGUACCUUCCCAUUGUUACACCACUAGAGGGGCAAAAAGAAAGUCCUGUUCAUUUUGCUGAGAGGACUAGCUAUGCUAUUGCAAGUGCACUCAAUGCUGUCCAAACAUCUCAUUCCUAUGGAGACCUAAUGCUUCUGGCACAAGCAUCCAAGUCAAAACAGGAAAAGGCCUCAAGUUAUAUGGUGGAAAUGGCUAGGGUGGAAAAUCUGUUCAACAUUAGCACGCUAGAAGCUAUGGAAUUCCUGGAAAAAUUUCUUGCCAUGAAUCCAGAUCCUAGUGGACGUGCCAAGAUCGAUGACUUUUUGAGGGUUAUGAAAUUGAAAGCAAGUCCUCUUUCUGAGAAGAUCUUCAGGUUCAUAGAUGUUGAGAAGUGCGGAUCAGUUACAUUUAGACAGUUCUUCUUUGGAUCAGCUUACAUCCUUAAGCAGCCAUUUUUCUGGCAAGCCUGUGAGUUAGCCUUCACAGAAUGUGAUUCUGGAGGAUAUGGUUAUAUCUUGAAACAGCAGUUGGGAGAUCUUCUUACGGAGGCAAUGCCAAACAUAUGUGAAGAGGAGGUCAGUCAGCUAUUGCAGUUAUUUGAUUUAGAUGGUGAUGGAAGGAUCAGCAGGAAUGAUUUCAUGGCUUGCCUAAGAAGUAAUCCAUUGCUAAUAGCACUUUUCUCCCAUAUUUUGGUACGCAAGGAUUUAAUAGCGGAUGGUGGCAGGCUAGAAGAGGUUGUCUGAUGCUCAGCUUGAUGCAAUUGCUGCAUUACUGCCCUGCCUCCUUGUUUUCUUGUAUUUGUUUGCCGACUUGGGGUGGGGGAAUUGUGGGGGUGAAGAGUUGGCUCCAUAGAGUUUUUCUUGCUAUGGUAGCUUCUCUAAUAUACAACAAUGUAAAAUGCUUCUUGAAUUAGUUUCGGUAAAGUAAACAUCGCUUUGAAUGUGUA